AUGUUGUUUUUUGUAGGGUUUGUAAAGAGUCGAGAUAAGGCUUAUGCUAAAUUCUUCAACCAAGUAUUGAAAACUCAAAUGUUUAUUAGAUUCGUUGAAGAAAGAUCAUUUGUAUCUGAAAAUGAUGCUAGUCUAGCUUUCUUUGAUGAAUGUGCAGAAAAAGUUGAUGAUCUUAAAGAUGAACCACAGUUAAUUGAGAUGGACAGCACACAUACAAGUGAUCGUACAGUGUUUAUAAUGCCACCAGAACCAGUUGGUUUACCUGCUGGUGAAAACUACAGUUAUAAUGGGUUUCCUCAGUUAAAAAGUGAACUAUUCCUAGUAAAAACAUCAUCUAACUUAUCAUUACCAACUAAAUCUGUUUGCCCUAACAGUCCAUUUGCUCGACGUACAAAACAAGAGAUAAGAUCUGCUCAAAAGCAUGCCCAACAGCAAAUUAAUACACCUGAAAAGUGGGCCAAAUGUUUAUUAGCUCACUGUUAUAGUUUAUGGUUUAUAAAUUUAUCAGCAUUUGUUCAUUCUAAUAUUAAUAAAGAAAAUGCUUUGAGAAUGUGUUUCAGAAUAUUAAUGCAGUUGUGUGGACAGUACAAUAAACCUGGCCUGGCUAUUAAAGUAUUUGGUGAUAUGAAAAAAUAUGGUAUUGAAGUAAAUGCAAUUACGUAUGGUUUUUAUAAUAAAGUAAGUGUUCUCUAA